AUUAUUAAAUGGACCACAAACAUGGCCGCCCAAGAAAGUCACCACGGAGACUUUUCUUAGAUACGCAAGACGAAUAGUACUAAGAUAAAGGACUGCCUUUUGAAAACAUGGGUGUCAUUAGACACGUGGUGUGCGCCAUGUCCGGCGGCGUCGACAGCUCCGUCGCCGCUUUGUUACUAAAGAAAAGAGGUUACAGUGUGACAGGAGUUUUUAUGAAGAACUGGGACUCACUGGAUGAGAGUGGGACGUGCACUACCGAGAAGGACUGUGAGGACGCCUACAGAGUGUGCCAGGCCCUGGACAUCCCCUUCCACCAGGUGUCUUAUGUCAAAGAGUACUGGAAUGUCAUUUUCAGUAAACUUUUGAAGGAGUAUGAAAGGGGCAGGACGCCCAAUCCAGAUAUACUAUGCAACAGGCAUAUAAAAUUCAACCAUUUCCACAAGUACGCCAUCGACACUCUGGGGGCUGAUGCCAUGGCAACAGGCCACUACGCCAGGACGUCACAGGAAGACGAAGAAGUGUUCCAGCAGACACAUUUGGCGCCGCCGACCACGCUCUUCAGAGACCGAUUUGAGAUCAGAAAUCCGGUGAGGUUGUACAAAGGAGCAGAUCUCCUCAAAGACCAAACCUUCUUCCUCUGUCAGAUCUCCCAGGAGGCCUUGCGACAAACCACGUUCCCGCUGGCAGGACUCACCAAAGACUUUGUCAAAAAGAUUGCUGCUGAGGCUGGGUUUCACCAUGUGCUGAAGAAGAAAGAGAGUAUGGGCAUCUGCUUCAUUGGAGAAAGAAACUUUGAAAACUUCAUUAUGGAGUAUCUGGAACCCAAACCAGGGAACCUUGUUUCCAUUGAGGACGGGGCUGUCAUGGGAACACACAAAGGCUCGUUCACCUUGACCCUUGGCCAGAGGGCGAGAAUUGGAGGGCAGAGAGACCCCUGGUUUGUGGUGGACAAAGACACCGAUACUGGAGACGUGUUUGUGGCUCCGACUACUAAUCACCCGGCUCUUUUCCGUGACACGGUUGGUACGGACCGCUUCCACUGGCUAACAAUCGACCCGCCUCCUGAACUAAUCAAGACCCAGAUGAUGGAGUGUCAUUUCCGCUUCAUCCACCAGAUGCCUCUCACUCCCUGCACAGUGACGCUGAACAUGAACGGCUCCGUGUGGAUCACACUCUCCCAGCCAAUCAGAGCUCUGACACCUGGACAGUUUGCUGUGCUGUACAAAGGAGACGAGUGUCUGGGUAGUGGGAAGAUCAUGCAGCUGGGGCCCAGUGAAUACACACUCCAGCGGGGCAGAGAGCGCUUGGUGACAGCCGCGCCCCACGAGGAGCAACCGACCCCUGAACCAGCCAGCUGAGACGACCUGGCAGCCCGGCCGUGGUGAGCCCGUGUGCUCCACUACGGAGAGCAAGCUGCUCAUGAGGUUCUAACUGGGACAUGGCGGCCUUCUAAGAGACUCUAAACUGGUGACUGUCUUCAGAAAUUUGAAGGUAUUAAAAGAACGAGGACAAAACCGUUUUCUGCCAGCUGCUCCGAUAAACCAUCUCCGUGCUUUUGGUGUAGAGAUGAAAUGCAAUAAUUUAAAUAAAGUAACAUUUUGAAAA